UGGCCGCGCUCCGCCCGCGCCGUGCGUCGGGUUAAAGCCUGGCCCCACGCAGGACCGCGCUGGUCACAUGCCAUGUGGCGCUUCGGAGGGCGGCGGGGACUGGGAGCCCUGCAGCGGCUGAGUGGACGCAGGACACACCGCAAUGUAUGGAGGGGUAAGAGUGACCAGGCCUGUGAGAGAGCGCUGCAGUAUAAAGUGGGGGAGAAGAUCCACGGGUUCACUGUAAACCAGGUCACUUCUGUCCCUGAGCUGUUCCUGACCGCAGUGAAGCUCAGUCAUGACAGCACAGGGGCCCGAUACCUGCACUUGGCCAGGGAAGACAAAAACAACUUGUUCAGUGUCCAGUUCCGUACAACGCCGAUGGACAGCACUGGGGUUCCCCACGUUCUUGAGCAUACCGUCCUCUGCGGCUCUCAGAAGUAUCCAUGCCGAGAUCCUUUCUUCAAAAUGCUGAACAGGUCGCUGUCCACUUUUAUGAAUGCCUUCACAGCUAGUGAUUACACGAUGUAUCCGUUUUCCACACAAAAUCCCAAGGACUUCCAGAACCUCCUGUCUGUGUACUUGGAUGCAACCUUUUUCCCGUGCUUGCGAGAACUGGACUUCUGGCAGGAAGGCUGGAGACUGGAGCAUGAGAAUCCAAGUGACCCUCAGACGCCCCUGAUCUUCAAAGGAGUCGUCUUUAAUGAAAUGAAAGGCGCGUUUACAGAUAAUGAGAGGAUCUUCUCACAGCACCUGCAGAACAAACUUCUCCCUGACCACACGUACUCUGUGGUCUCCGGAGGCGACCCACUGUGCAUCCCAGAGCUCACAUGGGAGCAGCUGAAGGAGUUCCAUGCCACUCACUACCACCCAAGUAAUGCCAGGUUCUUCACAUACGGCAAUUUUCAGCUGGAACAGCACCUGAAACAAAUUCAGGAAGAAGCACUGAGCAAAUUUCAGAAAAUGGAGCAAAGUACUGUGGUGCCAGCCCAGAAACACUGGGAUAAGCCAAGAGAAUUCCAUAUAGCCUGUGGUCCGGAUUCAUUAGCUACGGAUGCCUCUAAGCAAACAACCGUCAGCGUUAGCUUCCUCUUACCAGAUAUCACCGACACAUUUGAAGCCUUCACAUUGAACCUUCUGUCUUCCCUCCUGAUUUCUGGGCCCAAUUCCCCAUUUUACAAAGCUUUAAUUGAGUCUGGACUUGGUACAGACUUUUCUCCUGAUGUUGGAUAUAAUGGCUACACGAGGGAAGCCUACUUCAGCAUCGGUCUCCAAGGGAUCUCGGAGAAAGAUGUCAGGACAGUCAAAGAGCUCGUAGACAAGACUAUUGAAGAAGUCAUUGAGAAAGGAUUUGAAGAUGACCGGAUUGAAGCUUUACUUCAUAAAAUCGAAAUACAGAUGAAGCAUCAGUCUACCAGCUUUGGACUUGCCCUGACGUCAGUUUAGAAUUACGGACUCAGCAAAGUAAACCUCAAGAUGCCUCCUGUCUCCCAGCACUGAAAGUCUCUGACAUUGAACCCUCCAUACCUUUCAUCCAGUUUGACGUGUCCUUGGCAGCCGGAGACAUCCCCGUGCAAUACUGUGCCCAGCCCACCAAUGGCGUGGUAUAUUUCCGAGCCUUCUGUAGUUUAAACACCCUUCCUGAGGAACUGAGGCCCUAUGUGCCCCUCUUCUGCAGUGUGCUGACCAAACUAGGCUGCGGCAUCCUUGACUACAGAGAGCAAGCCCAGCAGAUUGAGCUGAAGACGGGAGGCAUGACUGUCUCGCCCCAAGUGCUCCCUGAUGACUCCCACCUGGAUACCUAUGAGCAGGGUGUGCUGUUUUCAUCUCUCUGCCUAGAUCGGAACCUGCCAGACAUGAUGCAUCUGUGGACUGAAAUAUUUAACAACCCGUGCUUUGAAGAGGAAGACCGCUUUAAGGUGUUGGUGAAAAUGGCCGCACAGGAGCUCUCCAAUGGGAUUCCAGAUUCUGGACACCUCUAUGCAGCCCUCAGAGCAAGCAAGACUCUCACCCCUGCAGCAGACUUACAGGAGACCUUCGGUGGGAUGGACCAGGUGAGGUUGAUGAAGAGAAUUGCAGAAAUGACAGAUGUCAAGCCGAUCCUGAGGAAGCUCCCCAGGAUCAAGAAAUACCUAUUAAACUGUGAUAAUAUGAGGAUUCUUUUAAGCAGAUGCUCGGUGAAUGCUACCCCACAGCAGAUGUCUCAGGCAGAAAAAGAUGUGGGAAACUUCCUUAGAAACGUUGGUCGGAGUAAGAAGGAACGGAAACCUGUGCGCCCACACGUUGUCGAGAAACCUGCACACAGCAGCUCGGGUGGAAGUGGCUCUCAGAUCGUCAGAAAGCUGAUAAUAUCUCAAGAUCCUUGCGCGGUUGAUGACAGCUAAAUUUUUGCACACGGAAAUUCGAGAAAAAGGAGGUGCUUAUGGUGGAGGAGCUAAACUCGGCCACAAUGGGAUUUUUACCCUUUACUCUUACAGGGAUCCAAACUUCAUAGAAACACUCCAGUCUUUCGGGAAAGCUGUAGACUGGGCUAAAUCUGGCAAGUUCACCCAGCAAGACAUUGAUGAAGCCAAACUUUCUGUGUUCUCUUCUGUGGAUUCGCCUGUUGCUCCAUCAGACAAAG